CUAUCUCCAAGAUGGCCUCCGUAUUUCACUCGCACGCCUCCAGUUACGCCUCGGAACAGCUCCAAUUCCAGCUUUCGGCUCUUUCUACUCUCCCCAUCUCCUUUCCACCUUCUACCCAGCUUCAUGUCCAGCAGUCUACGACUCCCAAACCUCAUCUGCAGAGUGCCCUCUCAGAGCUAAGCUCAUCCAAACCCAUUAGCAAGGAGAGGCUGCAGCAAAUUCUGGAGGGUCUUGCUAGCGCCAAGGAUCAGGAAGGAUACGCAGCCGAUCAAUUGAGCGAAAUUGAUGAGCUCGUGGAGGUCGAAGUGAUGGGUCGAGCGGUGACAGUCCUCUGGAAAGAAGUCCUGGAUGCCUUUAUUGACGGCGCUCUAAACCUUGAACGGGAGAGAGUAUGGUGGGAUGUCGUAUUAAAUAGCCCGCGUGGUGUGAGCGUUUACCUCAUCCAAACCAUGCCACAUAGAUUGUGGAAUGCCAUCCCUCCUCGAGCCCAGCUAUCUUUUCCAAACUUGAAAGCCUUCAAAUUUCCUUCCAAAGAGCUCCUCUUCAAGCCUCUCCACUCGACCACUUCUGCAGCCCUGACAUCUAUCACUUCUCCGUGGACGCUCACCAGGAGAGAGAUCCUGUCAACCAGAUCUGAGCUUACCCGUGCUCGAGACAAUGCGGCACACCGUAUCGGCGUCCUUGCAUCACAAGGUCCUCAAUGGAACAUGGAGGCAAAAGAGGGUGUGCAAGCAACGGGUGAUGUAGCUAGUGAGACCCAACGGGUGUACAGCCUUUUGUGUUCGGUCCUUGACGUUCCACUUCCUAAACCCCGCAAAUCUCGUUCCACGACACCUCCCCAGUCUAUUCCUACCGCCAACACUCUCCUCUCACUUCUCACCACCCGCCUUUCCCAGUCAGAGGCCAACAUUUCUUCGACACUCUCCGUCCACGCUAGACCUGGAAGACUCACCAGACUCUGGUUCCCAUUCCUUUUUCUUCCCCCCACCCUCUACUUCACGGUCAGUAUCAUUGGGAGAAAUAAAGAGUGGCUGCAGGAACAGAUCAGGAAUGGAAAAGAGACUAUCAAGGGAUUCUUUGUUCAGUGGGUAUGGGAACCGCUGGAAGGUAUUGGAAAGACAUUGAGGGGCGGAGGUGAAGGUCUAGGUGUAGCUCCCAGCACCGUUCAAUCCGAUCAAGCUUCUCUUGAGAGAAUGGUCAUGGACCUCGGAAAGGAUUACUAUCAUCUCUCUGGACCUCAAUUACAGGCGCUCGGAGACAAAGUAAAAAAUGGAGAUAUGGAAGAAGUGUUAAGGGUAUACGAGAGGGAGAUGCAGAGUCCUCUGAAGAAUGCGUUGAUGGGGAGCCUCAUCCGAACUCUCUUGAUUCAAGUGCAGAAGACUAAGACCGAUCUUUCUCUCUCCCUCCUCUCACUUGACCACCUUCUCCGCUCUCAACAGCUUACAUUCGCCUUUGUCGGACUUGCUCCCAGUCUGCUGAUACUCUACGGUUUCGGGGGUUGGUUGCAAGGUGUUUGGAAGGGUGAAAAGAGGGGUAAGAGCAGAAGACGAGCUUACUUCCACAGUCUUCGAUCCAUUGAGCGUCUCCUUAUCACCUCCCCUGAAGCGGAGAUGACUCAUCGUGAUAGAGGUCUUCUCAUCGUUUCUGUUUCAAGUCUUCGAUCAUGGGCAACUGUAUUAGGCGCAAGUAAGAGGGAGGCAUUCUUGGACGAUUUGAGGAUGGUUGAAAAUCCUGUUUUGAAAAGGGAAGAUAAGCUGAGGGUGAUAGAGAGGAUUUGGAGAUGCUGGGGGGUGGAUGGAAGAGGCAAGGCUUACUCGGGUUAGAAAAUAGAUAUUGAUAAUGCAUCAUUC